CGACCCAGCCGAGGGGGAGACCUACCUGGAUGAUCUUGUCUCGACGAACGCGUCCGGACCAGAGGCUGACUGCGGGGGAAAGGCCACUGCGAAGCGAAUGAAGAAACAAUUAAUCUUUCACUUCACGUACAGAGGACUUCUAACGAGAGGAAAAAAGAGUAAAAGAAGAAAAUGGAGUAUAAGUUACGAAAAGCUGAACCCAGGGACGUGCCUGAUAUAUUACGACUGGUGAAGGAACUGGCAAAAUACGAAGAGAUGGAGCACCAGGUGACACUGACUGAAAAAGAACUCCUUGAGGAUGGAUUUGGUGACACCCCGUUUUACCGCUGCAUCAUCGCUGAAAUCCAAGGAGAGAGCAGCAGUGACGAUUCGAAGGUGGUGGGUUUUGUCAUGUACUACUUCACCUAUGACCCCUGGGUCGGCAAACAGCUCUACCUGGAGGAGUUCUACGUGAUGACGGAGUACAGAGGACUCGGCAUCGGUUCGGAGCUCCUGCGCCAUCUCAGCGACCUGGCGAUGAAGACGCGCUGCACCGGCAUGAUGUUUGUCGUCGCGGAGAACAACGAGUCGUCCAUCGAGUUCUACAAGCGGCGUGGCGCCGAGGAUCUCUCUGAGGAGGAGGGCUGGAGGCUCUUCAGGUUCGACAAGAGCAGCCUGGUGAAGAUGGGCACUCCGCCCGAGGAGUGAUGAAGGUCGGGCGCACACCGGAGGAGGAGGAGGAGGAGGAGGAGACGACAUGAGAGCCUGACCACAGACGGAGCUUUGGCUGCUUUUUUUGACGAGUCGUGUUUUUGGAUCUCUGAUGGUGUCGUCGGCGCUCUGGCUCUCGGUCCUGUGUGAGUUCAGAGCGGCGACCUCACAGCAGCCGGCUCAGGAGUCCGUCGGCCGCUCGGCGUCUUCUCGGCUCAGACGAGCUUUGAUUCAGAAAAGUUGAGCUUUUUAAAAAGGGAAAAUUGUGUAUGGUAGUUUUAUGUUUAUGCACUCAGUUCAUAAUCUUAGUAAGCUUUUCGUCUGUCGCCAAUAUGUCCCAGAAUCAUUUCUGUUUAUUUUAACCGUCAGUCUUAGUCUGUGCAGUUUAUCAGCAGGUAGAGUGAUUAUUAUUACUACUAAAGUUUGCAAUAAAGUAAUUUAAAUCACA